ACACCAUGCUGGCUUUGGUCAGCAGAGUAGGUGUCCUGUUAUUGCCUCAUUGCACUGCCCCAAAGGCUUUGUCCCACAGUCAGAUCUAAAACUGAGCUGUCCAAAAUAUAAACACAGGCAAGCUUACUCCUCAUGAGAAAGCUGAAGUUGUAAAUCUGCUGUUGUUGUGUGUCUUCAAGUCAUUUCUGAUAUAUGGUGAUUCUUAGGUGAACUUAUCACAGGAUUUUCUUGGCAAGAUUUAUUCAGAGCAGGUUUGCCAUUGCCUUUAUCUGAAAGUAACUUGUUGCUUAUAAAAACAUAAGUGACUAGAACCAUCUUCUAUGGAACAUCCAGAACAGGCAUUUAUUACGCAAUAUAAUUUCUCAUCAGUAUCCCUUCCACAUCCUUUUCUACUGUUUCUUUCAUGUUUUCUUCUCAACAAGGAAAAUGUAUUAAAGAUGAAAUAGUUGCAUUCUGUCUCGAAAGGCUCAAGUUGCUACUAUACUGUACUAGGUGUGUGCAAUUUGGCUAAACCCUGUGCCGGUUUCGGUGUUCCGAUUUCAUUCCCUUCCCUCCGGUCUCUUUUUUUUGGUGCAUGAAAUUCCGUUUUUUGAUCCAGCAGUCAAAAGAUCUGUUUUCACUCCGGGAUCUUGCCCAUUGGCGGAAAUGGGGGAACUUCCUAGGCUCCCCUUUCCAUCAUUUUUAGGGCAUCAGUCUUAAGAAACUAUUUAUUCUGGGAUCGUUUCUCCUCAUAUCCUUCAAUAAUACUUGGGUUAAGGCAUCAGACUUAAGAAAUUACCCUUUUUGGAAUCGUUUUCCCUUAUAUCCUUCAAUAUGACCUGGGUUAAGGCAUCAGACUUAAGAAAACACCCUUUCUGGGAUCGUUUGCUUUCAACAUCUUUUCGAUGAAGCUAAGGCACCCUUUUAAAACAUUUAUUUCGGUGGGAGCCACACCACCUGACGGAGCAUUAGCCAUUCUUUAACAAAGAUAUAAAUUACCUCCUUAUUUUAUGGUAGCUUUAGAAACAGAAAGAUAUCUCUACCCACAUUUGAAGCUUGCCUUGUGUGAAGGGCACAAUCGGUGGUAGUUUCUUAAGUGUGCAGAAAGUAAAGGCUUAUUUAUUGCUAUUUGAGUUAAAAAGCAAGACAAGCCAUGCAGAAUUGCGAGCAGCACUAAGAAUUUUGAUAACCAUAGGACUGGAGUACGAUUUCUCUCUUCUCAAAAGCCUGCUCGCAACAGAAAAACAGAGGCCCAGCUUGGCUAAAAGACACAUGAUGGCUUUCUUCUGUUUCAAUUGGCUCAACAGGCAGGACUCAUAGAGAAACACCUUGCAGGUGCACGAAAGUAGCCAUGGUUGGCAGUGUGGUUUGUUGUGGCUGAAAAAAAUUGUGGCUCCACCCAUGCCAUUAAGGCUGGCCGAAGGAUCCAAAACAGUUGGAACCCGUUUUGAAAAAUGGAUCUGUGCACAGCCCUAUACUGUAAUGUACCCAAUGUGGCUCCAUUUCUCAGAUUCUCCUCCAUGUAACAUGAACACAUUUGUCUUAUCUUAUUCUCACUUGCCAAACUGUUUUGCUUUUGUGUUCUUUACCUAACCUCAAGAACAUUCUCCUCCACUUCUCCCAGAUAAGCUAUGCUUUGCUCUUGAUCUUGACUACCUAAUAAUUUUCAGUGGAAUGAUAAUGGGCAGAGCAAGAGUUAAAAGCAAGCAAACACAUAGUUAGCUGCCAGCCAUAGGCUAAUCUCCUUGCUUAAACAUCAAGGAAAUGGCUAGUGUGGGGACUCUGAUUCUAACCUUAAAGUGACAGAAUGGGAAAAGACCCAAGCAGCCCUUUAAAAACAACCCUUCUUGGGAUGACUUCAAGGAGAUAUCUGUGCACCAGCAAACAGAAGGAGACUACAAUUCCUGGGGGAAAGUAAAGUGAGCAAGAUUUGAAGUAGGGCCAGCGACUCUUAAGACAACAGCUUCCAAUGUCGACAGAUAAAAGCAACUGGAUUCCAGAACAAGAAACUACAGUUGGCACUAAAUUUCUACAAAAGGCACGGAAGAGCCCUUUGGUGCCAAUUGGCUUGAUAGGGUUUGCUGUUGUGGCAGCCUGUGGCCUUUACCGACUGAAGGGACGAGGGAGCAUGAAGAUGUCUGUCCAUCUGAUUCACACUCGGGUAGCUGCCCAGGCCUGUGUAGUCGGAGCUGUAACCCUUGGCGCUGUCUACAGCAUGUACAAAGACCACUUUCAGAAUCAGAAAUAGAUGGAAUAUUGAAUGGCACUGGCUUGUCCCUUCUCCAUGAAUGGAUCUGAAGACCCCUGUAGCAACUCCAGCAGCGUUAGGAGAUCAUCUGAUUUGUUCUUGCAGAAGAAACACCCCUUGAAGCCUUCACUGCUCAGCGAUACAGUUCAUAUUUUCCUAAAAUCUCCUACUCUGAUGUAUACUUUAAGAAGUACUAAUGAGAUGUACAGACCAUCCUCAUGGAAACAAAGGCUGAAAAAGGACCAUCAAGUAACUAAACUCUCUACUAAAGCAUGCCUAGUGAACUCGUCUCCUCCAACUUGAUAUUUGGCACGCCAGCUAAUCAUGGUGGAAGCUUUAGUCCAACAAAUCCAAUGGGAAUGAGGUAGAAAAAGCUAUUAUAAUCCACAGUUUUCCUCUCAUGUUAGUGAAAACUAACACCAGCAGUUCAUUUAGUCCAGAAGUGCGGUCAUCACUGGACAAAUUGCUUCUGGUGUGAGAGAAUUGGCCAUCUAGAGACAUUGCCCAGGGGACGCCCAGAUGUGUUACCAUUCUGCUGGGAAACCGCUCUCAUGUCCCUGAAGCUAGAGCUCACCCCAUCUCAGACGAGAGCUCACCCCAUCUCGCGGAUUCAAACUGGCAACCUUCAGGUCAGCAACCCAACCUUCAGGUCAGCAGUUCAGCCGGCACAAGGAUUUAACCUAUUGCGCCACUGUGACUUGCAGUAUGUUAUCAAGUCGCUUCUGACACAAUAAAAAAAUCACUGGACAUAACUAAAAUAUACCUAAUUCAUAAUCAAGCACACACUUGCACUGUUAAGUAUAGAUUUGCCCAAUCCUCGCUCUAGAAUGUUAACUGUCAGUUGGUAUAGUUUCUGCUUUGCUUGCUCUUUUGGCCAAGUGCUUCAAGACAUAAUAUCCCUACUUCAAACAAUAACUAAACAUUCUUUUGCUUAAGAAGCAUUAGCAUACAUAUUUAUAUGACAGAUGGCCUACACAAGCAUUAUUUAUUUGAAUUGCUGGAUACAUGUAUAUGUAUGGUAUCACUCUUCCAGUCCUGCCUCUGGAGAAUGUGAUAUUCAAGCAUUAGAAAAACAGUGAAAAGUAAUACUGGAGAAGCAGGCUGCAUAAAUGCAUAUACAGUACAGGGACAAGUAGCUAAGUUCCUGGCAAUAAAAGUGAAC